AUGAGCUCCAAGAGAGGUCCCUCCGUUCUGGUCACAGAUGCGAGACAAAGACAACCUCAAAGAAGGGUUCUUCAACGACAAGAUACCGGUGCAGGCGCUCCCGGCUCCCAAGCGCCAAUGCGAUUUAUGACCGUCGACAACGUUCUCCAAUACAAUUCACAGAUCCCUUCAGGUCAACCGCGUGGCCCUCCAGGUCCAGCAACCCUACCUUCAGGACGACAUCCAGGACCACCGGGCAGCGCUCUUAGUCGCCGGGUCUCAUCAGGCGGUUUACCGAAUAGUCAGUCACGUACAGGCCAGCAGAUUCCAUCAAGAACAACAAAGAUUAGCGAAAAACUGGUCCUUCUUCCGGAAGCAGAGGACAAUGGCGAUGACGUCGACGAGGAAAUUGAGAGUGAAUCGAUACUUGCGCGCCGCGUACAAGACGACGAGAAUCGGCCAUUGAAGGAUGAGGAGCUGGACGUGCUUAAGAAACGAGGCGGUGUUCGCGGAAAGAGUUUUGCCGAGAGGUUGUCCAAGACACAAAGAACCGACAAGGUCAGCAGAUUGACAGCAUACUGUACUGCGCAGGCCUACAAAAUCAAGCCUACUGCCGAAUUUCUACGCAAGAAGCACGAGGCCAAGACCAAAAUCUACGACGACUGCCUCUACGUCAUCUACGCCUUACCGCUUCUCAAUGGCAAUGACGGUACCCGCAUACGAAGUCGACCUAUUCUAAAGACUCCCGGUACUGGCAAGACGGUACUAGAUCUAGAGAUUGAGCGCAGCGAACAGCGGGAUCACCAUGAGGGAUACUUUGACGAUGAUGCAUACGAGCAUCCCAGCCCUGAGCGCGGCCACGAGAUACCUGCUCGCUUCACCGACCGUCCUUCGACACCUGAGCGCAGCAACCCCUUCCACCACGAUGACGACGUAUCAUCAAUGAAUCGACUCGCUCCCGAUGCAAAGAACUUUGCAGAGAUGUUCGUCUACUCGUACGGCGUGGUCGUCUUCUGGAACUUCACCGAACAUCAAGAGAAGGAUAUCCUAGCUGAUUUGACCUUUGCCGAUGCCGAUGCCGUAGAGAACGGCGCCACCAGCCUUCUCACCCGGCCCCUUGACCAGGAGGACUACGAGACAGAAGAGUUUCACUUCGAAUACAGCGCCGACAUACAGCGUCCGCGCAUCUUCAAUGAUAUGAUCACUCUGCUGCCCAAGUCUGACCACAUGAUCAAGCUCACUAUCAGCCAUGCCAUUGCGCAAAGUACGCGCUUGUGUUUCUUCGAAGAACGCAUGAGUGAGACUAUGCUAGAUGCGCAGCAUGUGCCCAAGAUGCUCGCCUUGACAGGAGAGCUCAAAAUGACUCGCACGGAAAUUGUGCGUAUGCUCGGCAAGCUUUUCAGAAGCCGUGUCGACAUCAACCUCUCGUCCAAUAUUCUCGAUGUCCCUAACUUCUUCUGGGAGUCCGAACCAACUCUACACCCUCUAUAUGCCGCCAUUCGUGAAUACCUCGAGAUUGACCCUCGCAUCAAGGUCCUCAACGAGCGAUGCCGCGUCUUCCUAGAUCUUGCCGAGAUACUAUCCGACUCUGUCGCUGACGCCAAGAUGAGCUACAUUACUUGGAUCAUCAUUGUCCUGAUCAUUUUGAGUAUCAUGGUCACCACAGCUGAAGUAGGCAUCCGUUUCGGCAUGCUUAACAAGGCCAAAGGCACCAACGUCAAUCGUAUCAUUACCGCACCGGUUCUUGGUGCUGGCAUGGAGCAGACCGUACUACCACCGAGUGAUCUCGAAAUCCUCGCGCAAACUCUUGGUCUGCAAGCCAAUGCAUCUUUUGAGGAAGUUCAUAAGAGCAUUUGGGCUUUACAGAGAAAGGACCUACCCAACGCUUCGAUCUUGCAUGAGGAUAUCUAA